AUGGAGCUCAGGACUGUGGUAGCCACGGUGGAAAGCGGGGAGCAGGACACGGUUCUCAAGGUGCUUCAGAUCUACAACCAGGAGAAAUCUCAGUGCUUCACCUUUGACGAUGAGGAGCGGGAAGAGAGGAAGAAAAUGGCCCAGCUGCUGAUCAAGUUCCUGGAGAGAGAGCUGCAGCCGUCCUGCCAGGUGACGUGUUUGGAAAGCAUCCGCAUCCUGUCCCGGGACAAACACUGCCUUGACCCUUUCACCACCAAGGAAGGCCUGAAGACCCUCUCCAGGCAUGCUGGCAUUGAUUACUCAGAGGAGCUCAUCCGGGAGGUCCCAGACUUGGACGUAAUCCUGGAGUCCCUCAAAUGUCUCUGCAACAUUGUCUUCAGCAGCCCCAGGGCGCAGGAGCUGACGGCCGAAGCCCGGCUGGUGGUGGGCCUGGCCAAGCGCAUCAAACUCUACAACGAGGACAUCCGGCAGCAGCUAGCCCAGGAGCUCAGGGGCGUCAGCCUGAUGACAGAUACCCUGGAGCUGACCCUCGGUGUAAAGUGGAUGGACCCCUACGAAGUCGCCACCGAGGAGGGGAUUCUCCCACCUUUGCCUCGGCAGGAGACGGAGCGAGCCAUGGAGAUCCUGAAAGUGCUCUUCAAUAUCACCUUUGAUUCCAGCAAGAGGGAGGUGGAUGAGGAAGAUGCUGCUUUGUACCGGCACUUGGGUGCCCUCCUGCGCCACUGCCUCAUGAUCUCUGCGGACGGAGAGGACCGGACGGAAGAGUUCCACAGUCACACGGUCAACCUUUUGGGCAACCUGCCCCUGAAAUGCCUGGACGUCCUUCUGACCCCGAAAGUCCGGCCGGGCUCACUUGAGUACAUGGGUGUCAACAUGGACGCGGUCAGCAUUCUGCUGGAUUUCCUGGAGCGGCGCCUCGACAGGGGACACAAGCUGAAGGAGAGUUUGACCCCUGUGCUGAACCUGCUGACGGAGAGCGCCCGGGUCCACCGCCAGACGAGGAAGUUCCUGAAGGCGAAGGUGCUGCCGCCGCUCCGGGAUGUGAGGAAUCGGCCGGAGGUGGGGAACUCGCUGCGGAACAAGCUGGUGCGUUUGAUGACCCACAUCGACACCGACGUGAAGCACUGCGCGGCGGAGUUCCUCUUCGUGCUCUGCAAGGAGAGCGUGUCGCGGUUUGUGAAGUACACGGGCUACGGGAACGCGGCCGGGCUCCUGGCAGCACGAGGCCUCAUGGCUGGUGGUCGGGAAGAGGGAGAGUACUCAGAAGAUGAAGACACAGACACUGAGGAGUACAAAGAGGCAAAGCCCAACAUUAACCCCGUGACAGGACGCGUGGAGGAGAAACUGCCCAACCCCAUGGAAGGGAUGACUGAAGAGCAGAAGGAAUACGAAGCCAUGAAGUUAGUCAACAUGUUUGACAAAUUGUCCAGAGAGCAAGUCAUCCAGCCCAUGGGCAUCACGCCGAGCGGCAGCCUGGCGCCCAUGGAGAGCCCCAUCCGCGACGUGGCUGACGAGCGGUCGUCGUCCGACUCGGACCUGGGGCUGGACUGACCCAGACCCCCCGCCACAGAGAGCUGGGGGGCAUCCACCCGCACCCCGUCCAGGUCUGGGGCUGCACCCAGAGCUUGUGCUGGGCCAGGGCUCUCCC